AUGUAUAUUAAGUCCAUUGUUCUUGACGGUUUUAAAUCGUAUGGCAAUAGAGUUGAAGUCACCGGUUUCGAUCCAGAAUUCAAUGCGAUUACAGGCUUGAAUGGCACUGGAAAAUCUAAUAUCCUAGAUUCAAUAUGUUUUGUGCUUGGUAUUACCAACCUUUCAAAUGUGCGUGCGGGAAGUCUUCAAGAAUUGAUAUACAAACAUGGACAGGCUGGUAUCACAAAGGCCACAGUGAGCAUCACAUUUGACAACAAAAAUAAGCAGCAAAGUCCAAUUGGUUAUGAGAAUCAUGAUGAAAUUACAGUUACCAGACAGGUUGUAAUGGGUGGCAAAAACAAGUAUUUAAUAAAUGGGAUUAAUGUUCAGAACAAGAGAGUAACAGAUCUUUUUUGCUCAGUACAGCUAAAUGUCAACAAUCCACACUUUCUUAUAAUGCAAGGAAGAAUCACUAAAGUUUUGAACAUGAAACCACCUGAGAUUUUAUCAAUGGUGGAAGAAGCAGCGGGAACAAGAAUGUAUGAGACUAAAAAGCAAGGAGCUCAGAAAACUAUUGAAAAGAAAGAUGCAAAACUGAGGGAGCUAAAUGAUAUAAUUCGUGAGGACAUAGCACCAAAGUUGCAAAAGCUACAAGAUGAAAGAUCCCAGUUUCAAGAGUAUCAAAAGGUUGUGCGAGAACUUGAAAAUUUGACACGUCUACAUGUUGCCUGGCAGUAUGUAACAGCUGAAGAGAAUGUGGUGGAAGCCAACAAUAAAGUGACUGAAGUAAAGAAUGAGAUACAGCAAAAGCAAGAAAGCAUUGAGAGUAAUAUUGCACGAGCCACGGAGGUUGACCAAGAAGUGGCUAAGCUUAACCAGAAACUUGAUGAGGAAAGUGGCAGUGUACUAAAAGAUCUCGAGACGGAAUUGCAAACUGCAGAGAAGUCAGAUGCAAGUAUGGCGGCUGCACACCGCGCUGCGAAGGAAGCCGUCACAGCCAGCGAAGCUAAGGCGAAGUUGUUGCGUCGCGCGUUAGCCGAUGAUAAAACUGCACUCGCUGAUAAAAGGGCGGUCCUUACUCAGGCUUCUUCGACGUUCGAGAAUCUCCGCAGUGCGAGCGAAGCUCAAACUCAGGCUCUGGCCGAAGCACAAGCUCAAUUCCUCGCGGUCAGUACGGGACAGGAAGAUGCGGGGGAAUCUUUGCAGAACCAGCUCAUGGCCGCAAAACAGCAAGCAUCUGAGGCGUCCACCAGAAUAUCUCAGAGCAUGAUGGAGAAGAAGCACGCUGAAGAGCGGCUGAAGGGUUUGGAACGUGAGUUCAGCUCAAGUAGCUCUCAACACCGACGUGACUUGGAAACGAUUGCUGAACAACAAGCUGUUGUCGACCGGCUGCAGAGUCAGCUAUCUGGGAUGAGUUUUAGUGAGUCUCGAUGCACCGAGACUAAGGAACGUUUACGCACUCUACAAAGGUCUACGCGUGGUGCACGCGAUCGCGCCGAUGACUUGGCCGCGAGGCUACAGCGCUGCAACUUCCGCUAUACACCGCCACAACCGAACUUCGACCCUAAUAGAGUUGCUGGCACGGUCUGCAGACUGAUCGACGUCGUGCAUGACAAAUACUGUACUGCACUUGAGACUGCGGCUGGUGGAAGAUUGUACAACGUAGUGGUUGACACGGAGGUGACAAGUAAGCUACUACUGCAGCGUGGCCAACUACAAACGCGUACUACCAUCAUUCCACUUAACAAGAUCUCCCCUGCACGUCUUCCGGCUGAGACGGUGCGAAUUGCUCAGGAAAUAGGUGGAGGGGCAGACAAGGUACAAUUGGCCCUGGAUCUUGUAAAGUUCCCUGAGCGAGUCCGAGCAGCGAUGCAAUGGGUGUUCGGUGGGACACUAGUAUGCGCUGACCUUGAAACAGCCAAGCGCGUAACGUUCCACCCGCGAGUGCGUACGCGCUGUGUGACGCUCGACGGUGACGUGUUCGACCCGGCUGGAACACUUUCUGGUGGCGCGAGAGCUAAGGGUGGUUCAGUUCUGGUGAUGCUAAGCGAGUUAAAGCAACUGGAGCAGCAGUUGCAGCAGUUAGAAUCUGAGCAGACGCAAUGCAGCGAUAACCUCGCUGGCAUGCAGGCAGCAGCUGACAAAUAUGCGGCGCUGCAGCAAAAGUUGGAGAUGUCCCGACACUCGUUAGAAGUUGCGAAGUCUCGUGUAGCGGCCACUGCGCACGCGCAACUUCACGACGAGAUCGAGUCAUUACGAGAACAGGUGAAAGAGCUGAGUGCAGCGUUAGAGCGAGACAAGAAAGAACAGAAUGAAGCCGCCGCCCAAGCAAAGGAACUUGAGGCUAAAGUCAAAGACAUUAAGGGCCAUAGAGAAAGAGAGUAUAAGAAAGCAGAACAGGCUUUGAAGAAGGCAAAACAGGAAGCAGAGCGUCACAAUAGUUUAUGGAAGCAGCGGGAACAGGAGUUCGAGACUUUGCGUCUAGAAAUCCAAGAGUUGGAAAAUGCCGUGAAUACUGCUGAGGCGCAGCUGCAGGAAACCACAGACAAUACUGCAGACCUCGCACAGGCAUUUGAACAAGCCCAGAGCGAUCACACCGCAGCCUCUGAAACUGUUAAGGAACUUCAAGGGAGAAUAAAGAAACAAAAAGCGACGAUAGCUAGCCGCAGCUCGGAAGUGGCAAAACUCGUUCAGAAAAAGGAAAAAAUUUUGAAGGGAAAUAGUGAGAUUGAGCUCAAGAUUAAGGAGUUGGAAUAUAGUAUUAAAGAGUUGGAAACGGAAGCUUCCAAUUGUGAAAAAAGGAUAAAAUCCUUAGAAAAGGAACACACAUGGAUCCCAUCUGAGCGUCAGUACUUUGGCCUGGCGGGGGGCGUGUACGAUUGGGGUGGACGGGCGCCUGCAGAAACGGCCGCGUGUCUUACGCAACUACGAGAACGGAAGGACAGACUCGCACGAGGACUCAAUACACGGGCGCAUACGUUGCUCGGUUCUGAGGAACAGCAGUAUCAAGAAGUAUUACGGAAAAAGCAAGUUGUAGAACAAGAUCGGAAGAAGUUGGUGGAGGUUAUGGGUGAGCUGGACGAGAAAAAGCGACGGACGUUAGUAUCUGCAUGUGACCAGGUCAACCGUGAUUUUGCCUCUAUAUUCAGCACCCUUUUGCCUGGUGCGCAGGCGCAGCUACGACCACCUCCGGGACAAGGUGUCCUCGAUGGCCUUGAGGUACGAGUGGGUUUUAACGGCACUUGGAAGGAAUCUCUAAGCGAGCUGAGCGGGGGGCAGCGGUCUCUCGUAGCCUUGUCCCUAGUAUUGGCCAUGCUGCUAUUCAAACCAGCACCGCUGUAUAUUCUGGAUGAGGUGGACGCAGCACUUGAUCUCUCUCACACGCAGAACAUUGGCAUUAUGCUGAAGGAACACUUCCGACAUUCGCAGUUUGUUAUAGUAUCUCUGAAAGAUGGUAUGUUUAACAACGCGAAUGUUCUCUUCCGCACUCGGUUUGUGGAUGGUAUGUCGGCGGUACAACGCACUGUCAACCAACGGCGAUGA